AUGCAUAAAAACAGUGUUGCAAUUGCUUGGAGUAAUCUAACUGUUUGUAGUAAACAAUGGACGGGAUCACCGAAAGUGAUAUUGAGACAACUUUUUGGUCAAAUUAAUUUCGGGACAAUCACUGGACUGAUGGGAGCUUCGGGUUCGGGAAAGACAACACUAAUUAAAUGUUUGAAUGCAAGCAAUCAGUUCAUAAUUAGUGAUGACUCUCGACUUUAUUGUAGUAAAACUAAAUCAAUUGUUAAGCGAUAUAUAGGUCAAGACCAAAGCGACAAACUCAUCGAUGGUCUAACUGUUGGAGAAGCGCUCAGUUAUUCAUCAAAAGUUAACAAUAGUUACUAUAAAAACGUCAAACAUGAAGAAAAUAUGACACAACUUAUGACACAAUUGUUGAUCAAUGAUAUUAAAGAUACGACAAUUGAGAAGUGCAGUGGAGGUCAACGCCAACGUAUAGCCAUUGCAUUACAGUUGACAUCAAUAGAAAAACCAAACUUACUUUUCAUGGAUGAGCCCACCACUGGUCUCGACUCUAAUGCAGCUUUUGAGCUAAUGAAAUGUUUGCAAAGUUUGUCGAAAACACAUAACAUUGCAAUCAUUGUUAGCAUACAUCAGCCAAACAAUGAUUUGCUUAAAAUGUUUGACAAUAUCUAUGUGUUGGCUAAAGGAGGACAUACUAUAUAUGAUGGAAGUCCACAACAAAUGAAACACUAUUUGACUGAUUGUGGGAUUAAUUUCAAUAAAAAUGAAGUUCCCAUUGAAGUGAUGCUUAAGAUCUCAUCGCAAGGCAUCCAAUCGUUAAACGUUAUGAAACUAACGGAAAAAAUCUUAAAUAAUCGAAACAUAAAUCAAUCAAAUUUGAAACAAAUAGAAAACGGUUUGCAAACCAAACCGAAACCGUUUCAAUUGGCAGAUCUCUUGUAUAUAACACAACGUUCAUUGAAAAUAUCAUUUAUUGCACAUCGAUAUCAACUUAGUGUACAAUUAAUAUUGUUUACAUUGUUUCAAUUAUUUGGUACAUUGAUUAUUAGUGACAAACAUGUACAGAUUGACGGCUGUUUUGAUCAGUCCUACACUGGCACCUGUAUUCAAUGGGAAAAAGACAAAUACUUGUUGGGUAUAAGCAUCAACCAUAUAGCGGCUAUUUAUUAUUUUGCCUAUACUAUACACGCCCUGAUUGUUGUCAACAAAUUUGCCGAUGAUAUACGUAUUACCCUGAGUGAAUAUAGAAAUAUUUGGUAUAGUUUGGGCGUAAUGUUUAUAUCGAAAUUCAUUGUCGACACAAUCAUAACAAUACUAUACUCGUUGAUACUAACAAUUGCAUGGAUGAAUAUAACAUUAAAUUUUAAGUUAAAUCAAUUUAUGAGAGAAUCCAAAGAUAUUAAAAUAUUAGACGAUAUUAGUGGCAGUUUUGUCAGUCAAUCGUUGAACGCAUUGAUGGGACCGUCGGGUUCCGGGAAGACAACACUAUUGAAGUGUUUGAAUGCUAAAUAUGGUUAUCAACUGUCGGCUGACAGUAUGAUAUAUACAAGAUUUAGUACAUAUUCUAGUAAAACGUGUUUUAUUGCACAAAAUAUUAGUGAACAUCUAUUGAAAGGAUUAACAGUUAAACAGACACUACUGUAUGCAUCAAAAUUGAAAAACUCACAAAUUUUUGGACAAUUAGAUCACAACAAAAUAGUCGACGAUCUAAUGUCGGAACUGCUUAUCAGUGAUAUUGUAGAUAAUUGUGUUGACACUUGUAGUAGUGGUGAACGCAAACGCAUAGUAAUAGCCAGUGAACUGACUUCACGAAUAAAACCCAAUCUUUUGCUUAUUGAUGAGCCGACCUCUGGUUUGGACAGUAAUGCAGCGAUUAAUAUCAUACAAUGUCUGAAAUCACUGUCACGCUAUCAUCACAUGACAAUCGUUGUUAGCAUACAUCAGCCAAACAACGAGUUAUUCAAUAUAUUUGACAACAUCUAUGUCUUAGCCAAAGGAGGACACGCUAUAUACGAGGGAAGUCCACAACAAUUGAAACAAACAAUGAUUGAUACAAACAUUCAUUUCAAUGACGACACUGAAGUGCCGAUUGAAGUACUGUUGAGAAUCGCUUCGGACGGAAAUCAUAAUAAAUUAGUACAAAAGUUAUCGGCAUAUAAUAGAUCACUAGAAAGCUUACUAUACGAUCGUAUAAUCACUGAAAAUAUGAAACCUUAUGACCGGACAAAUAUAUUACCGACAAAACGUUUUUUCCUAAAAGAUUUACUAACACUAAUGAAACGUAUGAUGUUAUGUAAUUAUUAUGCAAACUGUUUGCUAAAUCUAUUGUGCAUAACAUUUAUACAUCCGAUAGCAUUACUAAUAAUAUUUCUAUACAAUUGGGAUAUAUUUAAAACGGACGGUUGUAUGGAUUUGAUAUCGUUGGCCGGCAUGGGAUGCAAUCAUAGUGACACUGAUCUGAUACAAUUUGAACGGUUUAUCAAACAAAAUUUAAUAUUAAAUAUUUUGCUAAUAUUGAUUAUCACUUUGGCUAUUGUUAUACUAACAGCUAGAAAAUUUUGUGAUGAAAUUCAAUUGAUUAUUUCGGAACAUUCAAAUGGUUGGUAUAGCACCGGUGUCUACUACUGGUCUAGUACUUUAGUGGAACUGUUACCAUUUACCAUAUCAUUGGCCAUCUAUGUAUAUAUAAUUAAUUUUUAUCAAACUUGGCACUCGUAUGCCACCUACUAUACCACUUAUAUGCUUUGUAUAAUAUGUACCCAAUGUUUGACCAAAAUAUCGUGUAUACUAUGCCGACUAAACUUGAGGAUCAGCCUAAUAGUUGUAUUGCAUCUAUUGAUGAUUAAUACAGUAUUUUUCAAUUCAUCGCCCAAUGAUCUACACUAUAUGAUCCAAUAUUUGGCCCAGGUAAGUUUUAUAAAGUAUGCGUUUGAAUGUAUUGUUAUUAUGAUAUACGGCUGGGGCCGGUGCUCGACAAGUGAUGACAGCACCAAACUAUCAAUAGUUAUGAUGAUGUUUGACACUACCGACGAAAACUUUUGGCCAAACAUUGUCCAUAUUGUUGUAUUGGUUGUCCUAUUUCAUUGUCUAACAUUGACCAUGCUCAUCUAUCAGUUAGGUAGAAUAUAA